GUACUUCGUGAAUGGAGAGAGAUGCUUGUGGGAUACUCUGCUUCAGUAAGGGUUGCCAUACAGUAUUUCAGUGCUUGCAAAUGCAGACCUCAUUCUGUUUAAAACAAAGAUGGACAGUGAGGUACAGAGGGAUGGGAGGAUCCUAGAUUUGAUUGAUGAUGCAUGGAGGGAAGAUAAAUUGCCAUAUGAAGAUGUGGCAAUACCAUUGAAUGAACUUCCAGAACCAGAACAAGACAAUGGUGGAACAACAGAAUCAGUAAAAGAACAAGAAAUGAAAUGGACUGACCUGGCUUUGCAGUAUCUUCAUGAGAAUAUUCCUCCAACAGGAAAUUAAUCUUUUAGUGGUACUUUCUGCAAUAAUUUCCCUGCAACAAUGUUUUGAUCAAGUCCUUAUUCGCCUGUUUGAACCUACUUUAUGAUGGAAAGAAAGAAGUUGUAAAAUCAAUAGUUCUAAAUCACUGGUUGAGUCUUUGGAGGUAUAUCAGAGCAUGAUAAUGUGUAUGACCAUUGUGUGUUAACUGACAGUUCAUUUAAAUAUUUUCAGUGUAUAAAUACAGUUUCUUAGGUGUGUGAUACGACUCAAAAAUUGCAAUAGGAGCAAUUGCAAUGGUGGUGAACAUUAAACAGACUAUGGGUGGUUAUUUUCAAAUCUGUUUGUUAUUUAUGAGAUAUUUCAUGUUACAUGUUCUCUCCAGAUCAGUUACAGAUUGUGAUAUGUAUAGAAGAAGCAAAGAAAGUGUAAUUUUACUAUCUUUACUGAGUCUGUCCUGUGAUAAGACUGUUUCUGAAUAAAAUAAGCCAUUGUUGAGCGUGAA